CAACUACACAAAAAACUAAAGUACGCUUAAAUAAAGUAAAUAAGUGUGUUUAAUGUUCGUAGAUCCAGCAAUGUCUUCGAAAAAAGAAAGCUCAAGUUCUGGUAACGAGGAGGAUCCGCAGCAAGCGAAUACAGAAGAAAUGGUUAAUGAGCCUCUUGCAUAUCUUCAAGGACUGAACUCGGGCAACCUGAUGCAGUUCAGCCAGCAAUCACUGCUGCGCGAUAUGAUGUUGCAAGAUAUGAAGACAAAGGUUAACAUUUUGCCAAAGCUCGAAGAUCAUAACAAUGGUGGUUACUACUUCAGCAUGCAGCUGGAAGAACCACACAAGUCUCAUUGGAUGUUAUCGCUGCCACUAAACAAGAUGUACAUACGCAUGAAUAAGACUUUCAACAUUGAAGUUACAUUCAAAUUCAAAAUGCCAUUGCAGCAGCUCAAUCUGCGCGCUUUUCUUUGCUUUGUCAAAGAUGUGAGUGGACCCUUAUUGCGUUGUCAGAAUCAUCUAAGCACAGAUGCGGCUACUGAUAAAAAAAUGCGUGAAAGUCUGCUGCGCUGUGAGAAUCCAAAUACAAUGUACUGCGGCACAGCAACGGGCAAAAGCAUUGCGGAGAGAUAUUCGGUGCUGGUGCCGCUGAACAUGUGUCGUCCCGGCAUACAAAACGGUGAACUUGUGCGUCAGACACUCGCCUUUAGCUUCUCCUGUCAGAACUCUUGCUUUGGCCGCAAGGAAACCUGUUUGGUCUUCUGCUUGGAAAACAUGAACGGCGACAUACUGGGACAACAGGUUAUUUAUGUAAAAAUUUGCACUUGUCCCAAGCGCGAUCGAAACUUGGAUGAACGUCAAACGGACGCUAAAAGACGCAAAACUAUUAAAUCCGAUGACGAAGAGAAUGAAAAUUCAACAAACAAACGCCGUAGUCCACGACGUCCUCAAGCAGUAAUCAAGGAAGAUCAUCUGAGCAAUGAUAGCGUUGAUAGCAAAUUUGUGCCAGCUGACUUUGAAUUAUCGCGUUCUCCUAAUGGAUGUUAUGUGCUCAACAUUCAAUCUUUCAGUAGUGAUUUAUUGGUUGAUGUAGUCGAUGGAAUUAUUGGCAAGACGGCUGUGGCUCUUCUGGAGAAUACGGAUAAUCAAAAUCUGCAUAAGUAUUAUAUGCACUUACAAGAUGUUAAACGUAAGUUGUUAAACUAAAACUAUAAACUUAGUUUUGAGUAAAAAAGAAAGCACACAUUUUAAGUUCAAAAGCUAUUAAUCAAAGCUACUAUU